AAAAUGUUUGUGAUGUCAUAAGAUUUUGCAAAUCAAUGAUUUAAUAUGAUUUAUUCAUGACAGGAACAUAAUUUUUUGGGAAUCGUUUUCAAUAGCUAGUGUAAAAAAUCUUGUUAUAAACUAUUUCAAAAGUCUAAGUUAUAUAUGAAUAAUUAAUUAUAAAAUUUAUAUGAAGUUGUUGGCCAAUCAUGAUGAGAUCUCUGGAUAUCUUAGGCUUGCAGAUUAUGGAUAUGAAUUCAUGGCAUAAUUCUAGACAAUAAUUUAAGUAAUGUAUAUAGCAACAUAUGUAUUCCAUUGAUGGUUGGCGCUGCAAAGUUGAUGUUACCAGAACAUUUUAGAAUAUGAAUUUACAAAGUACGAGUUAUCUAAAAUAUAUCAAAUUAUUCAUUACUUUUAAAAGUUUUUAAAUGACAAUGAUAUAAUCCAAAUGACAGGUUUCAAGUGCUUAAUAGUUGCACAUAGAUAUUAAUUUGCCAGAAUUGAAAUAAAAACUUGACAUAUUUUGAACAGCAGGGUGAUUUUGUCAAUAUGUACCAGUACAAUUUUACAGCAUAUUUUACGGAUAUUAGAUAUGUUUAGGUUACUUCCGCUUUAUGGGGCCAAUCGUUGAUCUACCGCGCGCAAUUUGGUGUUGCUAAAAGUAACAUUGACAUUACAUGGACGUGCUAAAGUUAAUAUUAAUGAUAUACGUUAACAAGGAAAACUAAUUAAUGGUUAUGGCAAAUGCAACUUAUGUGUCUACAUCAAGUAGACAUGUGUGAUCUGUCUGACAGCUCAGCCAGCUAUAGCAGACAGUCCUACAGCAGUUGUGAAGAUUCUAGUGAUUCAGAAUUAUUUGACCACGAUUACAACAGUCAAGUAUUUCCAAACAAGAAAGCUAUUAAUAAGGGAAGGUGGUCAACAGAAGAGGACGAAAAGUUACGAAGUCUCGUUGAAGUGAAAGGUGACUCGGACUGGAAACGGAUAGCCAGAUACUACCCUGAUCGCUCAGACAUCCAGUGCCAACACAGGUGGUGUAAAGUCCUUAAUCCCAAUCUUGUCAAAGGAGCCUGGACUAAAGCUGAGGAUGAAAAGGUAAUUCAUCUUGUAAGAGAAAUUGGAGCUAAGCAUUGGACACAAAUCUCCAAGCACCUUCACGGUAGAACUGGAAAACAGUGCCGAGAAAGGUGGCAUAAUCAUUUAAAUCCAGAUAUUAAGAAGUCAGCUUGGACCCGAGAUGAAGAUGUACUAAUUUACCGACUUCACAGGACCCUGGGAAAUAGAUGGGCUGAAAUAGCCAAGUAUUUACCUGGGAGAACUGAUAAUGCAAUAAAGAACCAUUGGAACUCUACAAUGAAAAGGAAGUAUGAAGAACGAAUUCCACCCCCAGAUUUUGUAUGCACCCCAGCGAUCAUCUCGGGGCAUCCCUGUACUCCCAGUAGUUCUGCUGUCCCUUCACUUCAGCCGGUCCAGCUUUUCCCAAAUGCCCAUGGCAGCCAAGAUGCUGUAAAUGCUCUCAUUGCUAGUCAAGAUGGUUGCCAGAUGAAUGUAUUGCAUGUGCUGUCAGCAGGUGGAAGUGGUAGCUGCAAAAAGACACCAACGAAAUUCACUUCUCUAUAUUCUAAAGAAUAUAGAUUUGAUGGGAAAGCCAUAAAAAAGUUACGGAGUCCGGGACAGCUGAUCCCUAUCCCAUCUCCAGUGACUUCCAAGUUUUCUGCUGUUCCAUCUAUCCUGAGAAGAGGAAAAACCAAGAGGAGAAAACUGGCUAAAACGGUUAGCAGUAGCAAAGUGUUGAAGAAGAGAAACAUUAUUAAUAUAACUAAGAGACAUUACCUGCAAACAGCUGACUUAGAUACAGCCUUCAGAAAUGAAAGUGAAAGUAGUGACACAGAAAACAGGGAACCAGUCAGCCUCCCUUUCACAUCUUACAGUGAGGAGCAUCAAGACCUAAAGGAUCUGGAAAAAGAUGUUUUGAUUGAGCUAAAACAGGAAGUUACGUUUAAUGAAAUUGAGAAGGGGGUGGAUCCCUUCCAGGAUCUAGAGUCAUUAACUCCCAAUGGAACGCCAAUAAAAACCUUGCCGUUUUCUCCUUCAGUGUUUCUGAACAGUCCUGGGAUUCCCAUUGGACGAGUGACCUCUACACCUGUGUGUACCCAGAAAGAGGCAAUCACGCCCACCUGUAUUACGCAGAAUAGCACAGCCAAAACUCUACAGCCAAGAUCUGCCAAUUGUACGCCCAGGAUCAGGAGAACCCUGCUGAAUGCUACCCCACGAACACCAACUCCCUUCAAGGAUGCUAUGGCUGACAAGAAAAACAGAAUUAAUCCCGAGGAGCUGGAUGUUCCGAGUAAAGAGGACAACAAGCUGAAAUCCACCCCGGAAAGCACGCUCAUGACAACGGAUAAACAAGCACCUGUCAAGAAGACACUGCCAAAACGCAAGAUGAGAAAAUGCCUGGCAACAAAAUGGCUGUCACCUAGGAGAGAUGCUGGCUUUCCAGACAGAAAACCAAUGGUUAUGUCUCCUGAAACCCCAAGUAAAUCCUUACUGAAUGAUGCCAGUGUGCUCUUCUCCCCUCCCUCCAUCAUCAAAGAUACCCUGCCAGAGGAAAUCCAGGAAGACACAAGACCCCCCAGAAAGGAGACAACCAAAAAGAAUUCAAUGGUCAAGAAAUCUAUUAGAAAAAUCCAGUUUGCUGAGCCAGAAUCACAGAGUUCAAAGUUGAAUACCAACUUUGUGAAAAUAGCGUGUGGGAGAACUGAAGACGGGAUGCUUAUGAUCGACUUUGCGAGAAGCAUAGUUAAAAGUGCAUCUUUUCCAUAACCAUUAGAAGGGUACCCUACAGAUCUUGUUAAAGAAGUGGGACAAUAUAUUCAGUGUGUGACAUAGUUUGUGGAUGUGAGACCAAACUCUUGAUGGAAAAAAUGGUCCUACAGAGCAGCACUUCAUUUUUUACUUUCAUUUGGUGAUUUAGUGUACAAUUUAUUCAAUGAAUUAAUAGUUUGGUCAUUUACUGGGACAUCGAGGAAUGUGGGUAUUGGUAAGCGGGACUGUAAGCACAUAUCAGUACAUAUUUCUUCAAGGACGAUAUUGAUGAGAAAGAGUGAAGAGUUUUCCCGUGAAUCAUUUCAUUUCCCAAUGAAAAAACAUUUUAAGGAAAUUUGAAGUUAUUUUUACUAUUGCCAUUUAUUUCCUCAUAGUAAUUGUUAUUGUGGCCAUUGUUUCAUGCAUUGUGUAACAUAGUAUGUGGAACCAUUUCUUGAAAACCAUUAGCAGAGCAAUACAGUAUUGCAGAAUUUGUGUAUUGUCCCUCUGAAUGAAUUUGUUAAGACUUAAUAUUUGAAAUCGUGGCUCAGUUCCAUAAGAACUACAUGUAGUAGUAGGCGUUGUAAUUAUAGUAGUAGAAUGAGAGAGAAAUAAAAAGAAUGGUUAUAUUUAUGAAUUUCUGGUAUAUGCAUUUGCGAAAUAGUAACCCUAUAUUGUGAAUACUUUAAAUGAAAGUAGCUAUUUUCAAGAGCUUACAAGAACUGGGUGUUUAUUAUUUGUAUAACCUGUUGUAAUUUGUUUCAGUUGUAUUUUAGUUAUUUAUUUGUAGUACUUUGUUGUAAAAUGUAUGUUUUUUUUAAUGUUAGUCAUUAAUCUACAGUUGACAGCUAUUGAUAUGGUAGUUUUGACAAUCAGAGGAGAUUAUAAUAGUUAAAGUACUCAUACAGUCAUGUAUUUUCAAAAUUCACAGAACAAUAUAAAUAAAGAGUAUUUUAUUUUCUUACAGUUAAGGUUCUUUUUAUUUACUGCAUACCUCACUUCAAAGUAUGUCAACAUGUUCCAGAAACUGAAGCACUAGUACAAGAAAUUGUAGUUUUAAGUAACCAAUUCAAACGUAAAAUUUCCCCAUUAUGUGUAUUCCUUUGAAGUUGACUAGGAUUGGAUUCAAAUAAGUAAGAAUGCAAAGGGAUAGGAUGAAAGUGGUCAAUCCCAGGGCUUCUUGAUUUUUAAAUGCAUUGUUAGAUUAUUUGUGAUAAAUGGUAAUUCCACAGAUUAUUUCGAUAAUGUGCUCUUUGUCUAGUUGUUUUUGUGUGGUAGAUUUUUAUAAUCGUUCGUGAUUAUAUGUUCAUUUGUUGAUUUCUUUUGUUUUGAAAUAUUUUUGAUUUCGAUUAGAUUAUGUGUAAACUUGUCCAUAAUGAUUGCAUAAACAGCAUGUAGAUGACACAAUAAUAAAAAAAGCCAAAAAACCAGCGAUGUGUUGAAAA